AUGGCCCGCUCCUAUACAACUACCACCCUUCCCCAGGUGGACGCAGUAGUCGUUGGAGCUGGGCUAUCUGGACUCGUCGCCGCGGAACGGCUCGUUGCUGCUGGCCGGACCGUGCUCGUGCUCGAAGCCCGCGACCGCGUGGGGGGCAAGUUGUAUGACCCAAGGCUCACGACUACUGCCGGCUAUGUCGAAGCGGGCGGCUCUUAUAUCGGCCCAGGGCAGGAUAACGUCAAGGCACUUGUCGAGCGCCUGGGUCUGGGGUUAUACGAUAACAACGAGGAGGGCAAGCGGGUGUCGUACCAGAACGGCGAACGAAAAGUACAUGACGCCGACGAGCUCGUCUACCCAGAGGCCGCACUGAUACAAUACAUUGGCGCGGUGGGGAAACUCGAGCACAUGGCCCAGCAGCUCGACAUCAAAACGCCAUGGACGCACGCAAGCGCCAAAGCCUGGGACUCACUCACUUUUGGAUCGUGGCUUGACUCUGAAGUCACCGACGAGUGUGGUCGCGCGCUUCUGGACGUCAGCGCAAAGUCACUCCUUUCUGCCGAGCCUACCGAGAUAUCCUUGCUCCAGAUGCUCGUCUACCUGGCCCGCGCCACUGACGGCGAGAACCCGGGCACCUGGGCGCGUCUCACGGGUGUCAAGGGCGGAGGACAGGAGAGCCGUGUCCGAGGCGGACCCCAAGAAAUCCCGCGGAGACUCGCCGCAACCCUGGGCAGUGCUGUUCGCCUCAACAGCCCCGUUACGCGCAUCACACUUCGUGAAGACGUUUAUGAAGUGUGCGUUGAGACUGGCAGCGGCAUCACCACAGUCGACUGCCGAGGUGUCGUCCUCGCGCUAUCACCACCUCUCGCCGUCAGGAUCCGGUUCGAGCCGCCGCUACCAGCUCGCCGGGAUCUGCUAUCACAGAGCAUGGCCAUGGGAUCUCUGGGCAAAGCGAUCGCAGUGUACAAGACACCAUUCUGGCGUGACGAGGGGCUCAGUGGCCAGGCGAUCGGACUGAACGGCACCUUGGUGCAAGUCACGUUCGACUCGACGCCAGAAGAUGGUUCCUUUGGCGCGAUACAAGGUUUCCUCGAGGGCAACGACCUGCGCGAACUGGACGACAAGACAGACGAGGAGAUCCAGGAGCUUGUGAAGCUUGACUAUGUCAAGUUCUUUGGCCCUGCCGCGGCCGAUGUUCAAGAGUGGCAUAUCCAACGCUGGAACAAUGAGGAGUAUUCGAGAGGUGGACAUUUCGCUGUGGCUGGGCCUAAUUCGAUUACUCCGUUUGCGAAAUACCUGGAUGAGCCCGUUGGAAACAUUUUCUUCGCCGGUACCGAAGUCUCUACACGGUGGGCAGGUUUCAUGGAGGGCGCUGUGAUCAGCGGGCAGGUAGCUGCCGAGAGGCUAUUGGGAAAACUGGCAUAG